CCCAACAUAUUUUCUUCCCUCGUUUUUCUCCAAACUUUUUCUCUGACGAGAACCCAUUUGUAGCCUGCAUAGUACAAAGCGUCCUGGCGGAACAACGCCGGCGAGAACGGCAGCAGGAGGCGGCCAAAUUACCACACACUACAACUUGCAGUGACCUAAACAUGGGCUCCAGUCACCGGGAAACUCCUAUUUCCGGCGAACAAUUGAGCAUGGCCGGAUUAAGCGACCGAAUCGCCAAGUGUCUCCUUCAAUGUCAAGACCAAACUCUGCGCUGUCUCAUCGAGUCCGCCGCCGCCGGAGCCAAAAACCUCAGCGACGCGCAAAUCGUGCAGCUCAUCUGCUCCACCUUCCCUCUGACAUUCUCCCACCCCAACCGCAACCUCCUAAUCGAACGCGUCGCGAAAAUCACUCCGCUCUGGUGCAGGAGAGUGAGCGCCGUGGACGAGCCAGCAGCGAAAAGGCCAAAAUUUGACCAAAGUUGGAAUGCGAAUCGGCAAAUUGAGGUAGCUAAGGCUUCUGCUUCAGCUAGUUAUUCUGAUUCUAACGGUCAGGAACUUGAUUCUGCUAGGAGUUAUAGAUUUGGUGGUUGUGGGAGGGAUAAGGAUGCGAAUGAGGAUAAUAUGGCGAUAAUUGGGGAUUUUGUGCAAGGAAAUAAAUUAGGGGUUAGCAUGACAGAGGUGAAGAAGAAUGAGGUUAAGUGGCCAAUGUUUAGGGAUAUUGGUGGGCUGUAUUAUAUAUUGGACUGUUUGAAAGAGGAGGUGAUUGCCCCGAUGUUCCAGAUGAAGCUACUGUGUCACUUUGGAUGCAAACCUACAACCGCAAUUCUGUUACACGGUCCACCGGGCUGUGGGAAAACCAUGCUUGCUCGAGCCAUUGGCAAUGAGACCCGAGUGCCGUUCUAUGAAACGUCUGCUGUUUCGUUGAAGUCUGGAGUUUCAGGUAUCCAAGAGUUGUUCCGCAGAGCAUACAAGAAUGCACCAUCUAUUGUGUUCAUUGAUGAAAUUGAUGCAUUGAAUUCAGAAACGGAAAGCUUGUUCCGAUGCCCAGUAAAACAUUUGAUUGCUUGCAUGAAGGAACCUGUGAAUGACGGUUCUGAUUCUGAAAGAUUUAAUAUUGGACGCGAUGGCUAUGUGCUGACAAUUGGAGCAACCAAUAAGACUGAUGCUCUUGACCUUGCCUUAAGGCAGCGGUUUGAUGAUGAAUAUCUUUUAAAUGUUCCAAGUGAAAUUGAACGGCAUGGCAUACUAACAGUUCUAACACGUAAUGAUAAGUUUGAAGAUGGUUCCGAUCUUGGGAAGGUAGCAAAGUUUACUCAGGGUUAUGUAGCAGGAGAUUUGGUAGAACUAGUAAAUAAGGCUCGUAUGAUUGCUUUCAAAGAUGUCUUUUAUUCGAGAACUUGCAGAAGGGAUUUUGAAGACAUGUAUGAGGCUUAUGGAAUACCAUUUUCAGAUGAACAAAUAGAGGAGUUCGUAUUAACCUUGGAGUGUUUUAUGGAAGCUAAUGAUAAGGUACAACCAAGUGCUGAAAUGGAAGAUUUUAGCCCCACACCAUAUAAAAACUGGGAUGAUGUUGGAGGCCUUCAAUUGUUGAAAUUGGAACUUGAACGCCGCAUAGUUAAGCUUAUAAAGUUUCCACAGGUUUAUGAGUUUCUUAGGGAAAGUGGGGUGAAGAACUUGCCGACCUCCUUUUUCCUUUAUGGUCCUUCGGGUUGUGGAAAGACAUCGAUUGUCGAGGCUUUAGCUAAAGAAGCAGGAGCGAAUUUCAUGCAUAUCAAGGUGGAUGAACUUUUGAAUUUGACGUGGCCCGAGGUGCUUGUGGAAAAUAUUUUCAAACGUGCAAAAAGUCAGCCUCCAUGUGUAGUUUUAUUUGAUGAGUUGGACCUACAUAAUCUCACAGACAAAGAUCUAGAGAGGGACAAAGAUGCAUGGAAGUCGGAGAUAUAUGAUCUGAUAGAAUGUUAUAUCAGUGAUAUAAGAAAAGAAUCGCGUGUUUAUGUGAUUGUAACAUCAAGUAGGCUAGAGAAUCUGGAGCGUAUCUCGCUCAUCAAAGAAGAUUUUGGUAGGAUUUUGUAUGCUCCUCUUCCUACUCCAGAAGAAAGAGGAGAGAUAUUGAAGAUUCUUGCUCGAAACAAGCCAAUAGAUCCCGAAGUGGAUCUGAUGGCUCUAGGAAAAGACGCCGCUUGUGAAAAUUUCAGUGGCUCUGAUCUAUUUGCAUUGGUGGCAGAAGCUUCUAAGUUCGCCAUUGAUCGACCAUUAUUGUCCUGUGGGGGUAACAUGACCAUCAAAAAUGAAGAUUUUGAGGCUGCGUUGGCUGAAGUCUCCCCUUCUCUCUCAGCCAAGGAACGCAACAAAUGGGCGCUACACGCAAAGAAGAUUGAUGUUGCUCAUGGCGCAUCUGCGCUGGACUGGUAGACUUAUGUUAACUUAUUUUUGUGUGCAUGAUGUGAGAUUCCUUCUCAUCUUUUGUUGCUUGUUAGUAACAUCUUAAAAAUGUAUGUCCAUGUGAAUCUAAUCUCAUAUUUAUUGACAUAUAGUACUAUGUAAUUUUGUUAGCA